ACGUGCAGAGCUAGAGAAAGCCUCAGUGCGGCAGGAAAACCGCAUCACGGCACCGAAUAGAGGACCGAAUGCAAAACACACAGGUUAUUCAUACAAUGACACAUGGCCAUGAAAGGAAGAAGCCGUCUGCUGCCAAACAACUCAAAUAAUGGAAAUAUUGUUGUUUUCAUUCCAGUCGACGAGCAUUUUUCCCUCCUCUCUGAUUUCCAAGGAAACCUAGCUUGUUCAGACGGAGAGCCUUUCAACUGGUAGAAAACAGAAUGGAUGAAAAACACCAGGAGUAGCGACCUAUUGUGUGAACGAGACCGAAAAAAACAAAACAAACCUAGCCCCAAGAGCAUUUUAUUACUGGAAGGACAUACAUAUCUGUGAAUAAUCUGCGGAAAGACAGACCAUCUCUUCAGUUUCCAGCUGUUUAUAGUUUUCCACCAAAUUCCAGUACUGGGAUGCUUUCGCUUCGUAGGGUUUGAGGGAACAAUCAAGGGGUGAAAUAUGGGUGAAGUUCAGGACGUCAGGGAUGUUAAGAAGACGUUCGUUGCUCCUGCAAUAAAGUCUUUUGAGCACUAUGACUUCUCCCGAGCCAAAAUGUGUUGCAGCCUCACAUGGUUGGUGGCCAAAGCAUACGGGACAGACAGCAUCCCAGCAGACUUGAAGGACCCUUUCUACACAGACCAGUAUGAGCAGGAGCACCUGAAGCCUCCUGUGGCCAGCCUCCUGCUAUCUGCAGACCUCUACUGCAGGGCUGGCAGCCUUAUCCUAAAGAGUGACGCUGCCAAGCCGCUGCUGGGUCACGAUGCUGUCAUCCAGGCGCUAGCUCAACGCGGUCUGUACGUCACCGACCAGGAGAGACUGGUGACUGAGAGAGACCUGCGAAAGAGGCCUCUGCAAAUGAGCGCCCAUCUGGCAAUGAUUGACACUCUGAUGAUGGCAUACACAGUGGAGGCUGUGAGCGUGGAGAAGGUGAUGGCCUGCAUUUGUCAAUAUCCAUCCUGCUACCCUGAGGUGGAAACACCUUAUGACACUGAGGAUGCAGUGACCACCUGGAUCAACAAGGUAAAUGAAUAUCUGAAAGAGAUUGUGGCGCAGGAGCAAAGGAAGAAGGAAACGCAGGGCAGCGAGCCUGCUGGGAGUCCUCGGUCUCCAACCAAGUGGUACAUGAAGCUUGUGCCUGCUCGCUACAGGAAGGAGCAGGCCUCGACCCAGCCAGUUCCUUGGAUCCCCCCAGUGGACAACCUGCUAAAAGACAGCACAGAUGGCUCGGCCCUGGGUGCACUGCUGCACUUUUACUGUCCUCAGCUGCUGCCACUGGAUGAUGUUUGCCUGAAGGAGAAUAUGAGUCUGGCUGAUCGACUGUACAACCUGCAGCUAAUACAAGACUUCUGCAAAGACAACCUGAACAGCUGCUGCCACUUCAGCCUGGAAGACAUGCUCUACGCCUCCUCCACCGUCAAGAAUAACUACCUGGUGUUCAUGGCAGAGCUGUUUUGGUGGUUUGAGGUGGUCAAACCGUCAUUUGUGAAACCAAGAAAGCUCGAUACCGAAGGCACAGAGCCCUCAUCCUUCUUGAAGAAUUUCCCUGUAAUCCCCAUCUCCAAGGCAACUAAGAAGAGUUUUAUGGAAAGGCCCCCAAGCCCUGAAAGACCCAGUUUACCCCUGCGGCCCCAGCCCCGAAACUCAGGAGACAUCAAGAGGUCAACCUCGAUGUCCUUUGUUGAUGGCAAUCUCGGUACCUGGCCAAAAGAGAAGAGAUCUGGGCCUUACGGUGUGUCCUUUGACAUCCCCUUUGAUAAAGAGGAGUCUGCGCCUGCCACUGUUCCCUCCACACGUGGCAUGGUCAGGUCUGUCAGCACGGAUGAUGGUUCUGGUUUCAAGGUCCUUCACAUGCCCCGUGGAAUGAAGCGCAACCUGUCCUUCCAGCCAGUGAAUGGUCAGAGUGUCGGCAUUGAAGAGGAAGGCUGCCCAGACAGCCUUCCUGGCAUGGAGCCGAGCAAGCAAGGGUACUCCAACGGACACAGAGGAGUUACAGAAACAACUCCGUCCAUGGAGGAAGCCCUCCAGAUUAUCCAAAGCCCACCCAGGCCACCAGUGGAGGGCAUCAACAAUGGUUUCUUUCUGCAUAGUCAGGAACAUGGUGCCGGCAUUGGUGCUUUAGAUCCAGUGUCAGAGGUGGACUCCAAAGGACCUUUGAGCACCACGGACACCACAGAAGUGGACACUGGCAUCCAUAUCCAAACAGAGGACAUGCUGGAUGAAGAUUCCUCUCUGAGAGACUGCUCUGUGAACAUGGAGCUGGACAUGGACACGCCGAGCCCCUGCACGAGCAGUCAAAGCAAAUCCCCUUCAGCAGUAAAGAUGACUAGCUUUGCUGAGCAGAAGAUGAAGAAGCUUAAUCCAUCAGCACCAGACUCAGGAAGGGGCAGCUGCAGCUCGCUGAAGACCACUCCGGAGGGCUCUGAAUUCGGGCUCCCAUUAUCUGUCUCAUGGGCCCCGACCCCUGAGCACAGCCCGGUCCGCCAACAAACCACACCGCCCCCUAUUUCACAGCCGUCACCCACACCUGUCCAGCUUCCACCCAAUGACCCCGCUCAGGUCAUGGCUACAGAGAUGGUGCAGCUGCGGAUGAGGCUCGAGGAGAAACGGAAAGCUAUCGAGGCGCAGAAGAAGAAAGUGGAGGCAGCUUUCACAAGGCAUCGGCAAAAGAUGGGCCACUCAGCAUUCCUAAACGUGGUAAAGAGAAAAGGUGACGGCGCAAGUGGAGAAGAGGGAGGAAAAACCGAGGGAGAAGGAAAGUCAGCAAGUACAAGUCCUACCUUUAAAUUUGGGAGGAACAAGGCAGACACACCUGACGGGGCAGAGCAAAGCAGCACGGCUUCCUGUUGGCAAAAAUCUCCCGGUGCAGGUGAGGAAGGCGGACAAAGCCACGCUCAGCUGACAGAAGUGGAUCUCACAGAGUAUACACGUUCAAUUGAGAAACUCAACCACUCUUUGGCCUUCCUCCAAACUGAGAUGCAGCGAUUGGCUCAGCAGCAAGAAGUAAUCAUGGCCAUGAGGGAGCAAAAACAGCAGCAGGCGUGGGUCAUCCCUCCUCCACAUACAAACCCCUCGCCGCAGAAGCACGGUCGAGCCGGAGCCGUCACUCGAUCCUCGGGACCCUCUUCUCCGGCUGACUCCCCUCGUUCCACCCAUCGCUCUCCAACCAGCAUCAAACGGAAAUCGGCGUCCUUCCACUCACGUAAUCCUCGCACCGCUCGACCCAGCGAGCUCAAGCUGGCCCCAUACAGUCGCGUCCUAACCGCGCCGCAGUCUGUCGAUAGCAUCCCAAGGCUACGGCGAUUUUCUCCCUGCCAGCCCCUGGCGAGUUCCUUCGUUUACAUGGGGGAGAAACCAGCAACCGCCAAUUUGGAGACGGUCGCUCCAGUUGCAGAUAAAAACAAGGAAACACAUUCCCUCCUUUCCCCAGAGCGAGAGCUUGUGGGUAUAGCCAGCUCCCCCUGUAGCUCCCCAAAACUGCAGAACAAAAAAGAGGAAAGUGAAGUAGGUACUAAUGCCCAAACCCAGGAAACAGAAGCUCCCCACCAAUCCAAGACCACUGACAUGGAAACAGAUUACCAGAAAGCUCAGAAGUCCGAUGUAAAGCUCAAACCUACUUUAGAGUCAACAUUCCCUGAAGUUCUAGCCCACCCUGUGGUAGAGACCUUCACGGUGAUGCCAACAGAGAUCCCUUUCCAGUCAGAAUUGUCUGGCCAAGCCAAAAGCAGUUUGAUUGAGGUUCCUCUGUCAGUGGUGAAACCGCUAGAGGAUCCAACUCUGGAUGAAAGCGAGGAUGGAAAAGCAGAGGAGAACAUGGCGCAGAAGAGGGCUGCACUGCUGGAGAAAAGGAUGCGAAGGGAAAAGGAGACCCAGCAGAAGAAGAUGCAGCUGGAAGCUGAGCUGGAGCAGAAGAAAGAGGAAGCUCGACUGAAAGCCGAAGAGGAGCGUGUCAGGAAGGAGGAGGACAAGGCCAGGAAGGAGUUCAUCAAGCAGGAGUACCUCAGGAGGAAGCAGCUGAAGCUGAUGGAGGACAUGGACACCGUCAUUAAACCUCGACCCGCGGCAGGGGCCAAACAGAGGCGAGGGCGACCGAAGUCUAUCCAUCGCGACAGCAUGGACUCACCCAAAACCCCCGUGAGGGCUGCCACAGGUUCACGCCAGCGUGUCUUUUCAGUCUCCAGCUUGUCCCUUGCUUCGCUCAACCUGGGAGACAACGACAGCGUUCACUCUGAGAAGAGAGCAGCAAGAAGUUCUAGUUUAGCCUCUAGCGGUCUCUUCUACUUUCUGGGCUCUCCUAAACUGAGAAGGAGAAGACACGAUUCAGCAGCAGAAAGAGUAAAACCAAGCAAACAACUCUUUCCUUUGACAUCACUGGAGUGGUUGCUAUGGCAACAGUCCCAUCCUGAUCUCCCUGCCUCUGUUUUUCUUUCAGGACCGAGGCUGUACAAGGAGCCCAGCGCCAAAUCUAACAAGCACAUCAUCCAAAAUGCUCUGGCACACUGCUGCCUUGCAGGGAAGGUCAAUGAGGGGCAAAAGAACAAGAUUUUGGAGGAAAUGGAGAAAUCAGAAGCCAACAACUUCUUGGUUUUGUUCAGAGAUGCCGGAUGCCAAUUUCGCGCUCUCUACACUUAUUGCCCCGAGACCGAAGAAAUCAACAAGCUGACGGGCAUCGGCCCCAAGAGCAUCACACGCAAGAUGAUCGAUGGCCUCUACAAGUACAACUCAGACAAGAAGCAGUUCAGUCAGAUACCAGCUAAGACCAUGUCAGCCAGCGUGGACGCAGUGACAAUCCACAACCACCUCUGGCAAACCAAGAAGCCAGCCACCCCUAAAAAAGUAGUGCCUGCCCAGUCCUAAUGGGACUUGAUACCCCGAACAUUUCAUUUUCCUUCUUUGAACAUAACCAGUCUCGGUUAGCACUUCACUGUACAUAUCCAUGAAGAUUCAAACACCUGCAAUGCCAGUUAGAUGAAUGCGUAUUUAUCUUUUGUUUUGUUUGUUCUCCUCAUUGCAUUCCCGUCCUUGUUUAUCCUUCGUAUUCGGACCAGAAGUGAUAAGACUUUAAAAAUCACGAACAGCUGGAAUGUACGACUGUCGAGGAAUGAUGUAAACGUAAUCAUGUCUGUGUUUGAAAAAGAGAUUUGAGACAUUGUGUGUGAGCGCGUGUGACUGAUGUUUGUCGUUCUCUAUGUGCCAAACGCUAAAAGAAAAAAAAAGGAGACAGUAUGAAUGCCGGGACAUUUUACUCCGUACACAGAAGCUCUGAAUGUUUUCAAUUCAUGUAUAGAUUGACUUUUGUUCGCUCUAUCCUGUUGAAGUGUGGCCUUACGCACGUUUUGUUUUAGUGUAAGAGUGAGUGUAAAGCGACAGCCUCUUUUGUAUUUGGAAGAAACCUUUUUUCUUUUCUCACCUGUGUGAGUAAAAGUUUGUACAUUAAAGUACGUAAACUCCAAAGGGCCAAAAAAAAAAAAAACUGAUUGCAUACAGCUAGCGUUAGCCACACAGGAUACGUGUGUUCAGCUCAACAAAGCAAAGCGGUUCCAGCUUUUUCAGAACCCCUGUUUUUGAGGAAGUGAUUUUAAUGAAUGCAGGACGUUACUGUAGAUCACUGGUUCUCAACCUGUAGGUCAGGACACGUGCAGACAGUUUGUGCUGUCGAGUACAAUGUCAGUUUUCUGGUUUAUUUGCAUUGCUUCAGCCCAAAAGAUCGGGAACCAGUGUUGUAGAUCACCUCGCUGCUGGUUCACAGCAGGUUUGUGAACAACUCCUCAGUAUUAUUUAUUUUUUAUUAUGAAAUGCUGCCGACUACAACUUGUAGGGUUCUUUGCAGUGUACUAAGAUAUUGUACAAUCACACUCCUGGCCACUGGGAUCAGGACUGAUAUCCAAGCUAUAAUGACACCUACAAAGUAUUUCUCUUUAUGUCACGAUGAAAUGUUAACAUUAAAUUCAAGAUGCACACUCAGACUCUUUAUUAUCAUAUCUGCACCCAGCUAUAAGCCACUUUUGGCCCACCAAAAUUAAGUAAGAAUAGCUAGAAUAUAGCACAUGCUAGAGUUCUCAUAGUUGCAAAAGAUAUGUUCUGUUAUUUACAAGGUAAGUGAUGCAUUAAAAUAAGUAGUUUCUCCCAGUUUAUUAAAAAGGCCACAUUAUGAAGUGUUUGUGUCAUUUUCAACAUGUCUAUGCGUCUUUUUCACCACAGAAACGGGUUCAACCUGAACAACGUGUGUGUGUUAGCAGCAUUUUUGUCCAUCAUCUAUAAAUGCAGCACAUUGUGAAUUUAUAGUAACAUUGUAAUUUUGCUAGAUUUAUUUUUUUCUAUUAACACUAGGAUGAAAUUCACACAUUAAUGCAAGGCAGAAUAGGGCAGGUAGAUCCUUGUUGCUGCAUACGGGUAGAGUCUCGCCAUUUGGUUUAACCGGCAUCAGCGUUGUGUUACUUUUGCCACUGAAUGUCAAAUCCAACACCAUUUGCAGGUACGAUUUCUCCCCAAAAAAUAAAUCUGCCAACAUGGUGCUUUGUUUUUAACUGGGGCGUGGGACAGGUGGGGGGUAUUUAUGACCAAAAGAGACAUGUACGUGUUUUUGAAAUUGUAAUCUAGUACGACUGGGGGAAGAAGUGUUUCAAUGUUCUUUACCGGCAGGAUGUGUCAGCAGAAAGCUCGGUCUGCCUGCAUUUGGCUGUUUUAAGGCCAAGGUUAAAAAGAAGAUUAUUAUUUAAACUGUAAUGAUAUUGUACAGUGUGUUCAUGUGAGCAACUUAUUCACUAUGAUGACUUUGUUUUUGUUUCGUCAGACGCUGUGCCCUCAUUCAACAUGUGGCUGAACAUGUAGUGUCAUUUUUCUUUUUCUUUUUCAUUUUGCAUUAAAUAAAAUAAAGCAUGACAUCAGCAUGUAUGUGGUGUUGAUUGCAAAUGAGGGUAUUUUUUAAAAGGAUAUGCAAAGAGGGGGUUGUUAAUAGAAGCAAACUCUUUUCAUGGAAGGAUAAUAUUUAACCAUGAAAAAGUUUUGGAAAUAUUAGUCGUAGGGUUCUUUCUUUUUUAUAUAUAUAUUUCUAAGAUCUGGAACUGGACCAUUGGUGUUUUCAAGGUUUCAAAGCCCAACCUGGGUCAUUCCAUCUGAAAUCAUCAUGGGCCAUUUGCAUAAAAUGUUAUGGUCCAAAUUCUUUCACACUUUGAAAUCUGAGGCAAUGUUG